AUGGUGGUGGCGGAUUAUCUGCGCCGCCUCCUGGCGCCCCUGCGGGAACAGGCCCGCCCUUGCUGGAUGUACACGGGCCCCAACGAUAUCACCAGGACCCAGAUCGAUGAGGACAGGGACCUGGAUGAGGGAGCGUUGGCGGCCUUGCUACGGGUGGUGACCGGCGUUGAAGUCCUCACUCGGGCGGUCCUACCCCGAGAGCAGCUGGCACUCUACGCGGACCCGGGCCGGUUGGCGCUGCAAGCGAUGCUGCCGGAGUUCGACGCCCAGGUGGCGGGCGGCGCGCAGCGGACCGGCGGAAGGGACGCUGCAGGCGGCAGGCCGCAGGCUGGCCGAGGGGCUACUGCAGGUAGCAGCCAUCAGGGCGGCGGCGGAGGAGCCGCCGGUAGCAGAGCGGCGGCCCCGGGGGACAAAGGAAAGCGCCCCCGGUUAUUUGUGCCCCAGCCGUCGUCCUCGUCGUCACCAUUGCCUAAACGGCAGCGGCCGGCGGCGGGUGGCGCGAAGGAGGGAGGCCGGGGCAGCCAGUCAUCGAGCGCGAAAUUCGCGACAGAGGCCAGGCCGCCUAAGGACCCCGCCGGAGACCAGAGGCAGCUGGAGGCGCCAAGGCUGGCUCCCGCUCCCGAGCCGAGCGCUCCCGCGCCUGAGCCGAGCGCGCAGACGGAACUGGAACCACAGGCGCCGCCCUGCCCUGAGCCGAGGGCAGCGGCCGCACCGGAGCAUCCGGCGCCGUCCGAGCCUUCCGCCAGCACUUCGAGGGUGGAGCAGGUGGCCGCGGUGGAAGUGGUCACGGUAAGGGUGGCCGCGCCGGCGUGGCAGUCAUCGGGGACCCCGAGUGCCUCUGCAGAGAGGGCUUGCAGGGAACCCAGCGCCCGGCCAUCGUCCAUCCAUGCCCCGGAACCCCUCCUGGACGUGCUUGGAAGCGCCUGGGAGAUGAUAGAGCGGCUGGAGGCGGCCGUGGCGGCGGAGCGAGCAGAGCUCAAAAGGGACCGUGCUGCCCUCGUUGAAGAGAGGGGGUGGCUAGAAGAGGUCAGCCGCCUCCUGGAGGCCCGCAUCGCCUCGGCCCGCGCAACCCAUGAGACGGCAAUGCGCGCGGUGGCCGAGGAGCAAGAGGCGCUGGAGGAGGUGCAGGAGAGAGCUGUUGCCACGCAGGAGGAGGCUAGCCGCUUGGAGCAGGCAUCGCGGCGGUGGGCCGCGGAGCUGCUUGCUCGAGAGUGGCUGGUCCGGGCUCGGGAAGAGGUAAUAGGCCAACGCGAGAAGUCUGUGGAGACCGCCCGGGCAGCCUUAGCCGGCCAGAGCGAUGAGCUCGAGCGUGGUCGUGCCGAAGUCCACUGUCGGGAGGAGGAGGUCGCGAUCCGCGAGACUGACGUCGAGAUCACGGCGACGGCUCAGGACGCCCGGGAGGAGCAGAUUUCAAGGUGCCAAGCGUAG